AUGCGCCAUGCCUUAGGGCUUGGGGCCUGCAGAAAAGUAGGUUCAUUUGCGGCCGCUGCCACUGCAGAAUUCCUGCUGGGCCAUCGGCGAUUCGCCAGAAUGCGAGCUGCUCCAGAAAGUGGUGCAGCUCAGCUGCCGCGCUUAUACCACGAUGUCAAUGUCAAUCGACCACGUGAUUACUGGGACUAUGAGAACCUCUCAGUGAACUGGGGGUGUCAAGAUGAUUACGAAGUCCUCCGCAAAGUUGGCAGGGGCAAGUACAGCGAGGUUUUUGAAGGCAUCCACAUGGCGACGCAAGAAAAAUGCGUCAUCAAGAUUCUGAAGCCGGUCAAGAAGAAGAAGAUCAAGCGUGAAAUAAGGAUCUUACAGAACCUUUACGGUGGUCCGAACAUCGUGCGGCUUCUAGAUGUUGUCAGAGACCCUCAGUCGAAGACGCCAAGCUUAAUAUUCGAGUACAUCAACAACACCGAUUUCAAGCAACUCUAUCCCACCCUCACAGACCACGACAUUCGAUACUACAUCUUCGAGAUUCUUCGGGCUCUCGACUACUGCCAUUCCCAGGGAAUCAUGCACAGGGACGUCAAACCGCACAAUGUCAUGAUUGAUCACGAGAACAGGAAACUGCGGCUAAUCGACUGGGGGCUGGCCGAGUUCUACCAUCCCAAUCGUGAGUACAACGUCCGGGUUGCCUCCCGAUACUACAAGGGUCCCGAACUGCUGGUCGAUCUACAGCUCUAUGACUAUUCUCUGGACAUCUGGAGCCUGGGCUGUAUGCUUGCCGGCAUGGUAUUCCGAAAGGAGCCUUUCUUCCAUGGCCAGGACAAUUACGACCAGCUGGUGAAAAUUGCCCGCGUUCUGGGCACGGAUGGCUUGUUUGCUUACCUGGACAAGUACAACCAAGAGUUGGAUCCACAUUUUGAUCACAUCCUUGGAAGGCACUCCAGAAAAGCUUGGUCGAAGUUUGUGACAUCAGAGAAUCAGCAUCUGGUGAGUCUGGACGUGCUGGAUCUCAUAGACAGGAUGUUGGUGUACGACCAUGCUCAACGCAUUUUGCCCAAAGAAGCGAUGCUACAUCCCUACUUCGCGCAGAUCAGGGAGUCAAGCCCGAAGGCUGCAGCAGCUGCAUCUGAGAUGCCCAAGGCCUAG